CGAGGAGGCUCAGGGGGAACCUCACGCCUCCCUACAACUCCCUGGACGGAGAAUGUAGUGAGGUGGGGGUCGGUCUCUGCUGUGUCUGCAGCGCGAGCACCAGAGCAAAUGGCCUUCAGCUGAGACAGGGGGGACGCAGAUUAGUGUAUGCUUUUCAGAGCUCCCUGGCUUGCGAAGCGUUACCUGGUUAAACUGGAGUUGAAGCAGGACAACGCCAGCCCCUCCUGGUCCAGAAAAGAAGCCAUCCUGGUACCACGAGAUUGCAUCAAGCCCACUGCAAACCCAGGAAGCCCGAUAACACCGUGCACAGGCACACCAGCAAGCACAGCCCCUGCCCCGGGGGCAUGCAUGCUCCAGCGCUCCCAGCCUCCCCAAACCUGACAGGACAAGUGUCGAGGCCGCAGGGCUCCGCCGCGGGACCGGCCCUCGGGAAGCAUGGGAAAGGGCUACAAGGUGGUGGUUUGUGGAAUGGCCUCAGUGGGAAAGACUGCGAUUUUGGAGCAGCUUCUCUAUGGAAAGCACACUGUUGGCUUAGAAGAGGGUGCCACGAUGGAAGAUGUGUAUUUGGCGUCGGUGGAGACAGACCGGGGCGUGAAGGAGCAGCUGCGGCUCUAUGACACCAGGGGGCUGCAGGAGGGCGUGGAGCUGCCCAAGCACUAUUUCUCUGUGGCCGACGGCUUCGUGCUGGUGUACGCCGUGACCAGUCUCGAGGCGUUCCAGAGAGUCGAGCUGCUCAAAAAGGAGAUCGACGUCUUCAGGGACAAAAAGGAGCACACAGGGUGGUGGAGGAAGGCAGGCUCAAGUUUGACGGCAAACGAAUGUGCAGUCACAGGAGAGGUUGCAGUUAUUGUCCUGGGAAACAAAACUGACCUCCUGGACCAAAGGCAAGUGGAAACAGAAGCAGCACAGCAAUGGGCAAGGGCUGAGAAAGUGAGACUGUGGGAAGUGACUGUGACAGAUCGGAAAACACUGCUUGAACCCUUCACCUUCUUAGCUAGCAAGCUGUCCCAGUCCCAGAACAAAUCAACAUUUCCCUUGCCUGGAAGGAAGAGCAAAGGGAAUAACUGUGAAAACUAGACUAGCUUAGCAUUGUCUCCUGCUGCCAGGUCACAGUCUAAGUCCUUUUUGUGCCAUUUGCUUCUUGCAAAGUUUCACUUCAAGCAAUAAUAUCAUUCAGCAAUAAAAUCAGCCAGUUUAUAGCUAAGAGGUAUCCUUCCUUCUCACAGACUUGGCUUGGAAAAGCCACUGGUGGUCAAAGCCGCAAAAAGCACUUUAUGAGAGUUGUUUUCCAACCAGGGUUAUGGAGGAGGAAGGGAUAGAUGGAUACCUCUCUAGCAGGGGCUUUUACUAUGCCUGGAUAUAGCCAUGUUGAGGGACAAAUCAACAAGCUUACCAGUAUAUAAUCCUCUUGCAGAUCUAUAGCCUGUAGUCACAAAAAGUAUUAGCUGCAAUAAAGCACUCAAUUUGGAAAGGUGAUAUAUUUGAAAUGGCAACAGUUCUUUUACCUUGACCUUAAACAGGGCCACAGGGCUUUUUGAUGCUGCAAGAGGCUGAGAUCAGUGUCUUGCUGUAUGAGAAGGGUAUGGAACAGGAGAAACAGUUAUCAGAUUUAGCAAGAAAAAAAAAAUAGUGGGAAAAAAAAUUAUAAAAAAAUCACUUCCCACAUCUUCUGGGAAAUACCCCAUGUACCUUGUCAACAAAGUCUAGUACACAGUGCUUUCAGGUCAGGAAUUCAUUUGUAGAAACCAGAAAAACUCUCAGAGCACUCACUGACUGAACAACAACCUAAGGACAACAUAGCUGUGGGUUUGUUCCAGCAUGUCCACAACAAAUCAGUCACUUUCCCAUAGGUGGUGAUUUUUCUGAGAAUUAUAUAUUGUAUUUUGUAUGCAGGAGGCAUUGCUGGGCUCUGCUUAGGGCAUGCUUACCUGGCUGCUAAGGCAAGCUGCAGCAAUCCACCCUCCCUAGGCCAGAUAACAACUGGUACAAAGUGCUGUAUGGCUCUGCAGGUGGGGGCUAAGGAGGGUAGGAGGCUGCCUUUUUGGAGACAUCCCUGUGGGAAUGCCCAGAAAUCCCCGUACAAAUGGCACUGGUCUUCACGUGCUGCAUAUGGUCCGGCUGUGGGAGCACAACUGCAUGUGCUGUGUUUGGCUCAACACUGACAAACCUGUGUGCUGCAGCAAUCUGCUGUGCCAGGCCAGCCUGGCAGUAAACUGAACAAAAGGGGAUAUACAGAGUAACAGAGCAACUUUUCCCAGAGACAAGGGCCAGUUUUUGGCAUCUAACAACCUCCUGUACUAAUUGAUGCUCACUUUUCUUUAUAUUUGAAGGCAAGAGCAGGGAGAGGGAGCGAAGUACCCAGUUUCUGCAUUUUCCACUACAUUAAUCCUCUUUUGAACAAAUACUGAGAAUUUCACUGUGAAUCAGCAAAACCACAAGCAAUAUUUGCACUGUCAUAUCAUAACUGCUAAAUAGCAUGCUUAAUGAUGACAAUUAAGCUCAUAGUAUUGUUCUUCCUGAAUACUGAUUAAUAAAGCCUGUCAGCAUUACUAAAGUC